AUGGACGAUAUGGAUGAUGCAGAGUUGGUUAGUACAAGAAAGCCUGAACAACCAACUGCAAAAACUUCUUCAGUUCUUGCACCAUCAGCAACAUUCGAUCGUCAAGAAAAUGUUAUCAAAGUUCUUUUAAGCCAUGUUUAUUUUGGAUUGACAACGAAAGAAAGAUGUAUGAUGGCAAAAACUUUUACAGAUAUGGGACUUUUAUUUAGACCAACUUCUCGUCAAGUCUCUAUCUGUUUUCGUAAAAUGAGAGAUGAAGUUGUAAUUCCGUUUGGUGAAGUAUAUAAUUGUGAACUCGUUAGUGAAAGGGAAUUAGUAGUAAAAUUAAGACCAGGAUUUACCAGAGCGUAUUAUUCUCAUCCUGAUGGAUUUCCCUACAAAAAAGAACCUAUUCUAAUGAAUACCGAUCCAACGAAUGGACAUUUUUCGGGAGUUAAUUCAUUACUCAUAAGAUCGUAUCACGCGACAGAUUUCGAUUUUCUUUCAGAUCAUGGGUUUAAUAUAAAAAAUGAAAACUUUAAUAAGAAAAAAACAAAUGAAAUUGGUGAAGAAUAUCCAAUAGCAUCAUCAUCCAAUGGUAAUCAGAUGAUGCGACAAUCUGUUGAUAACUCGAUAAAGGUUUCACCUCAACAAGCUCAACAAGAAACUUCACCUAAAGUCAUGAUUGAAAAUUAUGUUGCGGUUACUCAAAAAAUAGUUAGCAAAACUAAGACAGUUACCAAAAGUUUCGGAACGCGACAAGAUUCAAAUGAUCAACAAAACAGGCUUAAUUCUACAUCACAACGAUCACAACCAUCAUACUCAUUACGGCCCCCGUCAUCUUCAACAACUUUUAAUUCUUCUCAAAUCACAUCUCUUCCUAAAUUUUCAACAAUGACACCUUCAACAAAUCCUAAUUUCUCAGCUGAAAAACGGGCAUUUAUUUAUCCUUCUGAUGACAGUUUGUAUCAUCUUCAUGUUGCUAUUCAUCAAAGAUUUAAAAAACAUAAUUGGAAUAAAAGUUGGUACAAAUCUCAUGAGGAGGGUUCAUGGCAUACAUUAGAAAGUGAAGAAGAUUGGUAUUGUACAGAAAGUAAACCUUACAAAUCUUAUGAAUCACAUUACCAAGAAAAUAAUUAUCAUGAGAAAAGAGAUGCGGACCCUUUCAUUGAUGAAUUACGUAAUUUAGGUAUGGUUCAAUUUCGAAAAAGGGAGGCUGACCCUAUUCACAAAAGGGAUGCAGACCCUAUUCACAAAAGGGUUGCUGGUCCCCUUCACAAAAGGGACGCUGGUCCUCUUCACAAAAAGGAUGCUGGUAUACUUCAAAAAAGGGAUGCUGACCCUCUUCACCAAAGAGAUGCCGACCCUCUUCGCGAAAGGGACGCAGGCCCUUCUCAAAAGAAAAGGAGCCUAUACAAACGUGAUACUACAGACACUUCAAAAACAAACGCAACAGAGACAACUACGAACACAACAGAGACAGCUACAAACACCACUAGUACACAACCGGAAGUGACAUUGACAAGUUUACAACAGCAGUUAAUGGAACUCAAAGAAAUAAUUAUCAAUCCACCUCAAGCGGAACUUGGUCCAGAUGGGUGGCCAGAUAAAAGUAUUUACGAUCCAGAAAAUGAUUCUUUGUAUUGGUGGCGGAAUGAUCCUGUAAUGAACCAGCAUCAUGAGCAUUGGCAUAUAGUGAUGAUUUCUGCCAUUGUUAAUGGAACAAGAAAAGACAGAGAAGGUGAAAAUUUUAUAUACAUGCAUAGACAUAUGUUGGCAAGAUAUGAUGCAGAGCGCCUUGGUGUUGGCUUUGAGAUAGUAACUCCUUUAAUAGACUAUACUACGCCAAUACCUGAGGCAUUUUAUCCUCCACCAUUUUUAUUACAAGAUUUUAAUGGCAAAAAAGUUCCUUUUCCGGCUCGUCCUGCAAACCAAACCUUCCAUGAUAUUAUUAGCAAUGGUCAUGUAGUAUUCUAUUCUGUUGAAUUUCUGACACAUACAUUGAGUGAACUUGAGAAAUGGGUCGAUGGGCAGAUUGAUAGUGAACAUCCAAUCCCUAUACGGAGUGAAGAUGAUGCAACGACUUUAGGCAGUGAGAUUGAGGUCAUAUUGCAUAAUAUCGGGCAUGCUAUGCUCGGUUAUAUUAUGCAUCCAUAUUCUAUCGAUUGGUUACGUGAUCCUUUAUUUUGGAGAUGGCACCGUCACAUAGACAACAUUUACAAAAAAUGGCAAGAUAGUUUGGGUCCUGCAGAUUAUCAUCAUGAUGCUCCUAACGUUACUAUUAAACAAACUGAUAUAUACUUUGCUUUUACUGACGUACUACUUGAGGUUUACCCUGAAGGUCAAAAAGAUAAUUGGCUUAGUUUUGCUAAUCAAAUUUUUGGUGGCGAUAACUUUGAUCGUGAUUUAUCAAAUAGUACUUUUGUAACUAACGAAUUACACACCAAAAUGAAAAAUAGAAUACUUGUUUGGAGAGAAGAUAAUUAUGAUCAAGAAAAUAUUACUUAUCUUUAUCCAAGAGAUUGGCAAUACUUUAUUCGCACUAUAGCAAUUACAUUACGUAUCUUCAUUGUUCCUGAAGAACUUGCUGAUUCUAGAGUUCAUUGGAUCGAACUUGAUAAAUUUAAAAGAUUUUUAAAACCUUAUGAAAAAGCCGUAAUAGUACGUGAAUGUGAUAAAGCCGUCGUAAUUAGAAAACCUGCUCAAAAAACUGAAGAACUAAUGGAUUCGACUCAAAUAACAAAUGAAACAAAAAUACUUACUGAUGGUCAUGACGAAGCGGAGAUUGCUGAAAUGUUAUUUUGUGAUUGUGGUUGGCCAUAUAAUUUAAUGAUACCAAGGGGAAACAAAGAAGGAUUAAAAUUUAAAAUCAUUGUUUUUAUUACUGAUGGUACAGAUGAUUUAGUUCCUACUUAUGACGAAUGUGGAAGUACUCUACUUUGUGGUGCUCAUUAUUGGAAUGAUAAAAUUCCGGAUGUUAAACCUUUAGGAUAUCCAUUUGAUAGACCGUUUAAAAAUAAUUCUUAUAAACAAACUUUUGAGGGAUUAAGUAAUGUAGCUAUUAGAGAUUUUACUAUCGUAUGGACUGACACUGAUUUUCGAGAAGUUUAG